CAGAUUCUAACAAGGCAACGCAACGGUUGUGACGAAACCAGCAAGGUGAAUCCUCCAGUUUCGUAUAAAAGGUACAUACGUUGACAACGAUCACAUAUCGCAUCCACCGAUAAACACAACAACAAUGUUCGGAAAGAUCGUAUUCCUCGCUACCAUCGCUGUGGCUGUAGCCAAGCCCGCGCCGAGCGUGGUUGCUGCGCCUCUGGUUGCGGCAGCACCAGUGGUUGCACCGGCCCCAUUCGUCACCGCUUCAAGCUCACAAUACGUGGCAAGGAACUACAACGGCCUCGUCGCGUCUGCACCCCUUGUGGCCCCCGCUCCUCUCGUCGCGGCCCCUUACACUGUCGCUGCCCCUCUCGCUGCUCCUGUCGCUGCCGCCAGGUUGGUCGCCCCCGCGCCCUACUACGCCCCCUACUCGCCGUACUACGCGUCCGCACCACUUAUUAUUUCCACAUUCGCCCUCAUAGCAACGUGCAGAGCCAGCGGCAUAGGACACUUAGUGCCAGCCGUGCGUUCGGUGCCUAUAGUCAGAUAUGCUCCGUUCUACAACAUUCCUAAUGGCAUCAGAUCAAUACAUGCAGUAGCACCGCCAUUAUUACCAGCCCCUGCGCCGUUGCUGCCAGCUCCUGCGCCAUUACUGCCAGCUCCUGCUCCGUUCCUGCCACCUCCUGCACCGUUCCUGCCAGCUCCUGGGCCGUUCCCGCCAAUCCUCGCCAUCGCCGUGGCUACCGCCAGCGCUGGGGUGUUGCCGCUGGCGGCCGCCCCGGCUGCGCUGGUAGCGGCCCCCUCGUAUGCCGUCGCACCCUACGCCAGCUCCUACUCCGCGCACGCUGUCAACCACGCUGUGGCCGCCCCCGUGGUCACUCAAGCCUUCGCUGCCGCCCCCUAUGUUGCCGCUCCUGCCCCCUACGUAGCCUCAGCACCGUACGUCGCCGCCCCCGCCCCAUACUACUUUUAAGAUUUGGUGAUUAUUACUUAGUGACUUGCUCGAAGCU